UAAACAGACGAAAAUGUCAGAAAUUGCAGAAAUUUACUUAAAAAUAUUUUAAAUGUCUAGUGUUUUGGACAUGUUUAGGAAAGGAACCAAAGAUGGGGACUUAAAGAAAUCCGUGCAGAAAGUAUCGGACCCAAAGAAAGAUGCUGUAACGAGGUUGAAACACCUCCGACAUUUACUUGAAAAUUAUAGCAUACCAGAGGCAAAGAGUUUCUUUGAGGCCAAUUACUCACAUAUCUAUUUCAUAUUUAACGACAAUUUUUCAACAGUAGAGGCAGAUCUUAAACAAAGAGCCAACAGAGCCCAUCGGGAGGACUUGGAUGUAAUUCUGUUUGUCUUUGAGAAAAUACUCACACUUUUACCUGAACUGAUACAUAAAAGAUGGAUGUUUCACAGCAUUGGAAGAAUAUUAAAGAAGUUAUUGCAUCCAGGAAAUGGUUUAAAGAUUAGGAAAGAUGGCAUCCGACUUUUCCUGCUCUGGUAUCAGAUAUUGAAUGAGAAUGCUUCAGAGGAAUGCCAUGAAAUAUUCCUUCAACUGGUGCCAGGCCUGGGAAAUGGCAUCCACCAGGAUGUUUUAUAUGGAAGAUCCCAUUCAGCAUCAGAAA